CUGGGAGCCUGUAACUUCCGGGGCCAGCCUCCAGCAAUUCCUCACAGACCAAUUAAGUGCCCUGAGUGUUCCCACUGCUCCAGGCAUCUGUCCAGGGGAGAACAUGAGCCAGCACAACGGGAGCCAGAACUGCUCAUUUGGCGACGUGGAUGAGCUGAUGAAGACCGUGCAGAUGGCUGUCCACAUCCCCACCUUCCUCCUGGGCCUGCUCCUCAACCUGCUGGCCAUCCGAGGCUUCAGCAGCUUCCUGAAGAAGAGGUGGCCUGGCUACAUGGCCACCUCCAUCUACAUGAUCAACCUGGCUGUGUUCGACCUGCUGCUCGUGCUGUCCCUCCCAUUCAAGAUGGUCCUGUCGCACGUGCGGCCCCCAUCGCCCGCCUUCUGCACACUGGUCGAGUGUCUGUACUUCAUCAGCAUGUACGGCAGCGUCUUCACCAUCUGCUGCAUCAGCCUGGACAGGUUCCUGGUCAUCCAGUACCCCAUGCUGGUCAGCCACCUCCGGUCCCCCACCAAGACCUUCGGGACCUGCUGCAUCAUCUGGCUGUUGGUGUGGGUCGGGAGCGUCCCUAUCUACAGCUUCCACGCAAAGGUGGAGAAGUACAGGUGUUUCCAUAACAUGUCGGACGGCACCUGGAGCGCCAAGGUCUUCUUCCCCCUCGAGGUGUUCGGAUUCCUCCUGCCCAUAGCCAUCAUAGGCUUCUGCUCCGCCAGGAGCAUCCACAUCCUGCUGGGCCUUCGGGACCGCAGCCACAGGGCCUGCAUCUGGAGCAUCGCGGCCAGCCUGGCUGUCUUCGUGGUCUCCUUUCUCCCAGUCCACCUGGCUUUUUUCCUGCAGUUCCUGGUGAGGAAUGGCUUCAUUGUGGAGUGCAGAGCCCGGCGGGGCAUCAGCCUGUUCUUGCAGCUGUCCAUGUGUUUCUCCAAUGUCAACUGCUGCCUGGACGUUUUCUGCUACUACUUUGUCAUCAAAGAAUUCCGUGCAGAUAUCAUGGCCCGCCGCCUGUCCCGGGUCCAGCUGGUCCGACAGGACACCAUGAUUACCAGGGGCUAAGGGAGGGAGAAAAGCCCAUUCCCAUGUUCCUGAGAGACAUCCUGUUCCAGCUGGUGUCCUUGCCCCUCAAUGCUCACUGAAUAAGACCUUCCACACUGUCUUGUCAGCUUGAUGUACAUUGCCCCACACCUGGGCCUUGGUGGGAACCUAAGGGCCAUCAGAUUCUCUGUUUCUAAGCCCAGACAAGUAGCAAGCAGAAGAUCUGAAAAGAAUGCAUCUGAAAAAGGCUGUUUCUCCACUCUUCCAUCCUUCUUUUUGAUUAGAAGAUUCUGGAAAGACAGAGAGAGGCGUUAGGGCAGUCCUGUGUGCUUUGGGCCUCAGAAAGGCUCAGGAGGAAGCCGUCCCUUCCCAGAACCUGAAGGACAAGUGGCUGUCUGGUCAGGG